CUGCCUGAAAUGGCCAAGGAAAAUUCCCCAUCCCUAGCUGAAGUUGUAAAACGAGUUGCAGAGCAACAGCAGUCACAGGCUUCAGACAUAGAAAAAAGCAAAGCAGUUCUUUUCCAAUUGCAGGCAAAGUGCCAGGAACUAGAAAAAGAAAUUAAUUCUGUUCUGUUAGAAACAAAGACAACAGAAAGGGAGAUACACCUGCAAGAUGAUGCCAUAGAAGUGACAAAAUAUCGCUGUGAAAAUCUGGAGGCCCAAGUCAGAGCCCUGUAUUCUGAAAAUUUAAAAUUGAGGUGUGAUGCAGAAACAAUACAAGAGGAGUUUGAGAUGAAACUUGCACGAAAUAAUGAAUAUCGGGAAAAAAUAAAGGAUCAUAAACAUCUCUUUUGGGAGAUGGAAAGUAAAUUGCCAAUUAUGAUUGAACUUGCUGAAAAGAAAGCGGUUGUGGAAGAAUUAAAGGCAAAGAAAGAGGAGUUAAUAUGUGAUCUGCAGAAUCCAGAAGGAUCUGUUAUAAAACAAGUGCAGGAAGAAAUCACACAUUUAAAAAGUGAAGUCACAACAUUGAAAGAUUUGAUCAAUAAAAAAAGAGAUCUGCUGGAAGAAGAGAAAAAAAAGCAUGCUAAGCUUAGAAAGGAAAUUGAGGUACAGAAUAAGAGAUAUGAUGCUAUAUUAAAACGUUUGCAUUGCCAACUGAACAAAGUCCAAUCAAAUAAAAGACAAUGGCACUGGAACAUUCAGCAGUUGGAGAAGAAGGCUGCAGAACUAAGAAAAUGUCUUGGAGUAGCAGAGUUACAAAACAUCAUGUAACAAACUUAACAAAGAAUAGAAUGCAUGUA